AUGAGUGAGGUUUAUGAAAGACGUUUCUAUUCAUAUGUUAAAGAAAAUAUGAUGGAGGAUGCAAUUUCGAUAUACAUUCAAGGGUUAUUGAAUGGUAUAAAAUUUAAUCGACAUUUCCAUUUGAUUGUUCGAAAGAUUCUUAGCGAUGUUCGAGACCCUUAUCUAUCAUUAAAAUUUUAUAAUGAUUUAUUAAAUGCAAAAAUAAAAUUUGGAAAUUCCAUAGAUGGGACUGCCGCAAAAAUAGAUAAUGCAUUGAAAAAGUUUUCUCCUUAUACGGUGAAUCUCGCGUAUCAAACUUUAAAGAAGAAUUCAAAAAUACAUAAUUUGAUUUAUCGCGAAGUAGUGGAUAAAUUAUCCACAGAAUUUAGAUUAGUUCAACAUGCAUUAAGAUGUUAUUAUGACAUGAGAUUAGAAGAAUAUAGUCCUGAUCUAUGGACGUAUAAUAGACUUUUAAACUGUAUAUGUAGAUCAGAUGAUUAUGAUACCGCAUGGAAAAUAAUUGAAGAGAUGAUUCAAGCAGGUGUAAAACCUGAUAUUGUUACUUGUAAUAUUCUUUUGAAUUAUCAAAUUAUACGUAAAAGAUGGGAUCAAGUUGUUAAUAUUCUGGAUAUGAUCGUGAAUGCUAGAUUACUUCCAUCAAAAAGUACCAUUAAUACUUUGAUGAAUAAUAAAUUUUUCAAUCGUUUAAAAGUCGAAGAAACUCAAGAUUUUGCAAAAGUGGUAAUUCAAAGAAUGUCACAUUUUCAACAAUUGGAAUGGUUCGCUAAGCGUGGUGAUAAAAUAAAUUUGAUAAAAGUUUAUGAGAAGAUGAUCAACAGUGGAAUGAAUAUGGAACUUCGUACAUUUGAAAUUAUCAUUCAAUACUAUUUUUCAAGUGGUAAUGGGAGAAAUGUUAUAAGGAUUUAUAAAGAGAUCAUCAGAUUAGGAAUAAAACCAAAUUUAAAUUUUUAUAAUGUUUUAAUCGAAGGAUUUGUAAAAAUGGAAGACAUGAACACUGCGAAAAGUUUAUAUCAUUACAUGUUAUCAAAAUCGAUAAUAGGAAAUAUUGAUACUUAUAGUCAUUUAUUAUUGGGUUACUCGAGAAUUUCUAAUCUUCAAGAAAUUGAUAAUUUGCUUAAGGACAUGAUUUUAUUUAAAAUUGAUCAAAAUAUUUUUACAAUUUCUAUAUUAUUAAAUUUAUUUAUUAAGUUAAAAAAUGUUUCUAUAGCGCGUCAAGUUUAUGACAAAUUAUUUAAGGUAAAGUACUUGAAACCUGAUGCAUUUAUUGUGAAUUGCCUCGUUCAUGGAUAUACAUAUGUCUCGAAGAAUUUAACCGAAGCCACGGAAUUCUUAUUGUGUCAACAACGAAAAGUACAACUUAGAGCUCCAACAUUUAAUAUUAUAAUAAGAGCAUACGUCUUUCAAGAUGAUAUGGAUUCAGCAAUAAAUUUAAUGAAGAAAAUGGAACCAUUAUGUGGUGUUGAACCUAACAGUUGGACAUUUUAUUACUUGAUCACGGGAUACAUUCGUCGCGAACAAUUUGAUAAAGCAUUGGAAUUACUUAAUGAAAUACAAAAUAGAAAUAGAUAG